CUGGUGCCCCCAUGGCGGGCCGGCCCUGAAGCCGGGCGGUCACCCCGGGAGAUGGGCCGCAACGCCAGCGUCCUGGCGCAGCUGCUGAGCCCGGGGGCGGGCCCGUGCGGCGGCUGGGCGGGGGGCCCGCAGGGAGCCCCCUACCACCUGGGCAACUGCUUCUUCCUCCUGGGCUACAUGGGGGGCAGCGGCCCCCACGGCUCCCUGUACGUGUUCGGCCUGCUGGCCGCCGGCUUCCUCUGCUCGGCCCUCUGGGCCUGGCUCGGGGCCUGCCAGCCGGACCUCGGGGCCUGGAGCGCCCUGCUGGGCCUGGCCUGCCUCCUCCAGGCAGCCCACCUGGUCUACCGGCUGCGCCAGGAGACCCUCCGGGAGGAGUUCGCCCGCCUCUACGAGGCCCUGGGGCUGCCCCUGAGGGUGCCCCUGCCCACCUACCGGGAGGUGGUGCGCUGCUGUGAGGAGCGGGUGCUGCCCCUGGCCCUGGGGCAGACCUACGCCGUGGAGGGCGAGACCCCCAUCGACCGCCUGUCCCUGCUGCUGUCGGGCAGGGUGCGCGUCAGCCAGGACGGCCAGUUCCUGCACUACGUCUUCCCCUACCAGUUCCUGGACUCCCCGGAGUGGGAAUCGCUGCGGCCCGCGGAAGAAGGGAAGUUCCAGGUGACCCUGACGGCGGAGACGGAGUGCAGCUACGUGUCGUGGCCUCGCGGCCGGCUGAACGCCCUGCUGGGCCGCCAGCGCGACGUGUCCGGCCUGUUCUCCGCCCUGCUGGGCCACGACAUCUGCGAGAAGCUGUACGCCCUCAACGACAAGCUCUUCGCCAAGUUCGGCCUCCGCUUCGACAUCCGCCUCCCGAGCCUCUACCGCGUGCUGGGGCCCGCUCCCGCCCCGGCGCCCGACGGGGAGGCCGCCGAGCCCCCCGCCCCGGACCCUGCCCGCCCCGCUGACGACGACGCCGGCCUCCUGCUGGAGGAUUUUUCCGAGAUGCCGGGCUCCUUUAUGGAUUACGGGAGCGAGGGGGAGUAUUUGAGAUGAGGGCCGGCACGUGCCGGGGAGGGGGCCUCUCGGCAUUUCUUCUAGACCGCUGUCGGGUAGGGACCGUCUCUCUGUGUUGCCAAUUCGGACUUCCCAAGCGCUUAGUGCAGUGCUCGGCACA